AUGGGGCGAAAUUUGUUGAUGAGCAGUUUAGAAAAUGCCUCAUUCAAUAUACUGCUGCAAAUUGUUUUCCGGUGCAUAACAUUCGCAAUCAACGCAUGGGUCAUCAGAAAUGUUGGACAUGAAGUUAUAGGGAUUAUGAAUGUACGUCUCUUGCUCCUCGAAAGUACUAUUCUAUUCUUGAGUAGAGAACCAUUCCACAGAGCGUGUUUAGGGCAGAAAGAUACUACAAACUGGAAUCAGAUCAUAAACCAGGUGUGGCUGUCUGUACCAUUGAGUGGUUUAUUAUCACUCCUAUUUGUCUACAUAUGGAUACAGUGGCUGCCUUUGAAUCACCCAGAACAUGCAGCGCAGUAUGAAUUUGGUUGCUGGUGUGUUGCUCUGUCUUGCAUUAUUGAGUUAUGUUCAGCUAACUUGGUUCUUGUCGCUCAACUUUAUUGCUUUGUUAAAUUAAAAGUCAUUUUAGACACACUGCAUAUUUUCGUAAGGACUGUACUAUUUCUAUCAAUAAUUUUGUAUGAUAGAUCUCUAGCGUUGAUUGCAUUUUCUAUUGCCCAAGUGGGUAGUAUCGGGGCAGUUGUCCUAGCAUACUACUAUUUCUUCCAUUGGUAUGUUAGAAACAAAUCAUUAUAUGCAAAGGGGGCAUUAAAAACUAAACUCAUUCCUGCUGUCAUUUUGGAAAGAUUAUACAGUAAUAUGGAAGACUUUAAUUUUACAAGUUUGAAAGAUUUUUUGCCUAAAUACUUAGGCUCAGUAGAUACUUUUAACAAGAAGUUAAGCACUCUUACAUUCAGUUUUGCGAAGCAAGGAGUAGUCAAGCAGCUGUUGACAGAGGGAGAGAAAUAUGUUAUGUCUAUGAGUCCUGUUAUGACUUUUUCAGAGCAAGCCACUUAUGAUGUUGUUAAUAAUCUCGGUAGCUUAGCUGCACGGUUCGUUUUUAGACCUAUUGAGGACAGUAGCUACUUCUAUUUCACCCAAAUGGUAAGCAGGGACUUGCCUCUGUAUAAGCAGGACCAGCAUAAAAUAAAAGAAUCUUGUGUAGUACUAGCUAAUGUUUGUAAAACUGUAUGUUCCAUAGGAUUGGUAGUCCUCGUGUUUGGACAAAGCUACUCAUACACUUUAUUGUAUUUAUAUGGGGGAGAAAUAUUUGUAUCCCAGGCAUUGCCUGUAUUAUUAUUGCAGAGUCACUGCUUGGCCAUAUUUGUAAUGGCCAUCAAUGGUAUAACUGAAUGUUAUACUUUUGCCACAAUGACUAGUAAACAACUAAACAGCUACAACUACUUAAUGGUAUUUUUCUCAAUUGUAUUUCUACUAUUAUCAUAUUUGUUAACAUAUUUCUUAGGUCCAGUCGGUUUUAUUAUUUCGAAUUGUGUCAAUAUGUUUGUGAGAACCGUUCACAGUAUACAUUUUAUCAGUAAUAAAUACAAAGGCACAGAUUAUAAACCCUUGGAGGGUCUUUAUGUAGGAAAAUUAUUUUUACUAAUUUUGAUUUUAGCGGGUUGUAUAUGUAAGUGGUCUGAAAUAACAUAUUCUCACAAUUCAAUAAUAAAACAUAUAGGUGUAGGUGUAGUGUGUUUCAUAUCUGUGAUAGUGUCAUGGGGAUAUGAAAAUAAACAUUUAGUUCUUAAGAUGUACAGAAAAGUAACAGGGAGAGAGGAAACUAAGCUUUCACCUGACUAGUGGUAAUAGAGUAGGUACUUUACAAUUAACCAAAAUAUAAAGCUGGAAAUACAUUAUUUUGACUUAUUUAUUUGGUGUAGGCCAAGCGAUCUUCAAGUUGUGAGCGACCUAUAACAAAAAAGUAAAAAAAAAAAAAAUAUAAUUUACAACUUUAGCAUUUUUAGUUAAGAAUGCACACUUGUAUAGGUGUUUUGUUA